GCAUGAGACUGUGUGCCACGUUUUCCAUCGCGAUCGAGACGUGUCGUCAUUUUGGGGAUGGUCCGCUACGACCAACUUCUUACCCUUCAGUACUACGACCUGGUUUUUCUUGUGACAACUCGACUAGACUAGAAAGGUCGUUAUUGAGAGAGCGAGAGCGUGAGAUAGGGAGUGUGCGAGUCAAGGCUCGUCCUCUUCAUUGACUCUCCUCUCAUCAUGGCAGCGGGUCUCGUCUAUGAUCUGGUCCUAGUCUUCUGGCGCAUGGUCAUCAACAUCUUCUUUCGUGAGAUCAGACCAAGAGGCGCAUUCAAUAUUCCCAGAGAUGGACCUGUCUUAUUCAUCUGUGGACCUCACUCGAACCAAUUUCUCGAUGCGCUGCUAUUGUUCUCGGAAGUCAGGAAGGAGGCGCACCGUCGAGUAUCCAUCUUGACGGCUGCCAAGAGUAUGCAACGCAAGUUUGUCGGCUUCGUAGCGAGAAUCAUGGAUAGUAUACCCGUUGCUCGAGCUGCAGAUUCUGCCAAAUCAGGAACAGGUCGAAUCGUCCUCUCAUCCGAAUCGCUAACGGUUCUCAAGGGAGUGGGGUCAAAAUUUACCGUGGAAGUCAAACCGCGCUGUACGAUCAUGCUGCCCAAAUUUACAGGAUAUGCAACAGCUUCUGUGGAAGAGGUGAUCUCCGAUACCGAGAUACGGCUCAAGGGAGAAUUUGUCGUCCCUAACAAGGAUGGAAGUGCAGAUGUCAAGGCCUCUGGAAAGAUCAGGAACCUAGGCGAGAGCAAAGAGGGUCUCCAAUACAAGGUCCUACCAUAUGUCGAUCAGGAAGAGACAUACGGUGCAGUAUUCAAACGCUUGAAUGAGGGAGGAGCCAUUGGCAUUUUCCCAGAAGGCGGAUCUCAUGAUCGAACCGACUUUCUUCCGUUGAAAGCUGGAUUCGCCAUCAUGUCCCUCGGAGCCAUGGCUGCGAAUCCCGGACUCGAUGUCAAGCUCGUUCCAGUGGGGUUGUCCUACUUUCAUCCUCACAAAUUCCGAUCGCGAGCCGUAGUCGAAUUCGGGCAGCCUAUAUCGGUAUCCAAGGAGCUCGUCGAAGAGUUCCGAGAAGGCGGAGCUAAGAAAAGAGCAGCUUGUGGAAAACUGCUAGAGCAAGUUCACGAUGGAAUGCGAGCGGUAACUCUUCGGGCCCCGGAUUGGGAUACGAUGCAAGUCAUCCAGGCUGCUCGGCGGCUGUACCGCGUGCCGGGUCAGCAUCUCACUCUUGGCCAAGUCGUCGAACUCAGCAAACGCUUCAUGGAAGGGUAUCUCCACUACCAACACGAACCAAGGAUUAUCGAGCUUCGAGACAGGGUGGUCUUGUACAAUCGAAAACUCCGUGACCUAGGAAUAGCAGAUCAUCAAGUCGAACGAGCUUCCAAUCGAUCUAUCAAGUCCCUUCUCUUGCUCAUCUAUCGAACCGGUCUCCUCCUCUGGUGGGGACUGCUCAGUCUUCCCGGCGUAGUCCUCCACGCUCCGGUUUUCAUCCUCGCCAAAGUCAUCUCUCAUCAAAAGGCAAAGCAGGCCCUUGCAGCGUCAACAGUGAAGAUUGCAGGUCGAGACGUCCUUGCCACCUGGAAGGUCUUGGUUUCACUCGCUGUUGUCCCCCUUCUGUACAUCUCCUACGCUUUCCUGAUAACGUUCCUGGCGUAUCGAUGGAAUUGGGCUCCCGAAUGGAGGCAAUACUUGCCAAUUAUCAUGUUUUGGGUCCUGCCGAGUCUUGGCUACUCGGCACUCAAAUUUGGCGAGGCUGGAAUGGACGUGGCCAAAUCCCUUCGUCCCCUAUUCUUGAGUCUGUGGCCGUGGAACCAACGUGAAGUCGAUCGGUUGAGAAUGAUGCGCGAGGGUCUGGCGAAUGAUAUCAGUGAUAUUAUCGACGAGUUUGGGCCAAAGCUGUACGAGAACUUUGAGCAGGCCCGGAUGAAACCGUCAGCCACUGUACCUCAGACUGGCCGAAGGCCAGGCAUGUUCACUCGAAAAUCUCAAGCUGCAGACUCGUCUGUCCUCUCGCACCCUAUCCUGUGGCUGGACGAGAGGAUAUUUGGCUGGAAUCGAAGCGCUUCAAUUGGGGCCUCCAUCUGGGAAGGAAGAACACCUGGCCCUCGAUCAGAGCCAUCAACUGCUCCUGGUAGUCCUGCGCAGUCUGACCACGAAGAGCUAGAGGCAGAUGUGGACUACGAUGAUGUGCUCGCCAUUAUCGACACUCGUCGGAGCGGUCCAGGCUCACCAAGGGGUAAAAGGCGUCAUACGGGGAGAUCUUACCGCGACGUGGCUAGCCUGAAUCUGCACGAAAAUGAGGCCACGUCACCACCGAAUGGCACGAAUGGUCCGAGCAGUCCGACUUUCGGGGAGCAGAAGCUAGAACCGGAUCUCAAUCCAAGUUCGAAGGAUGACGAAGGGAUCGUCAGGCUCAGGCGCAAAGGGGAAACGGAGAAUUCGGCUGGUGCCGGGAAUGAUGGUGAUCAGGGAGGCGAUGCUUUGGGACUCAAGUCAAAGUCAGACUGAAGGGCUUAUUAGAGUGGGCAGGUGUCUGGGAUGGGGCAUACAUUAUGCAUCGAUGGUGCG